CUGACUCCGACGGAAGUAGGAACCAGAGAAAUGUUCUGACAUAAAUUUGGACAACAUACAUUCGUUCUGGCAGGUGGAAAACCUAUGUGGAAGAGACAUGGGCUACGAGGUGAACAGGUUCCAGACUGAGCCUGAUGAGGAACUAAUCUGUCCAAUUUGUAGUUGUGUCUUGGAGGAACCUUUACAGGCACCACAAUGUGAGCAUGCCUUUUGUGGGGCUUGUAUACGUGAAUGGCUGACUCAUCAACCAACAUGUCCAGUUGACCGUAAUGCAAUAACCCCAAACCAGCUCAAGCCAGUCCCUCGAAUCCUUCGUAACCUUCUGUCUCGUUUACAAAUCAACUGUAACAAUUCAUCUUACGGCUGCACAGCUCUAGUCAAACUGGAUAUGCUGUCAUCACACUUACUAGAGUGUGAGCAUAAUCCGAAAAAACCUGUGCAUUGUGAACAGGGGUGUGGUCUGGUGGUACCAAAAGAUGAGCUCAAGGAUCACAACUGUGUGCGAGAACUACGGAACCUUGUACAGCAACAACUGGACAGGAUCGGGGAGAUGCAGACAGAAAUCUCAGACCACAAACUACAGAUUAGUGAACAAAAACGAGAAUUACAACUCCUCAAGGAAUAUAUGCGGUCCAUGAGAGUCUCUAACCCAAGGAUGAGGGAAAUUCAGUCAGAAAUGGAAAAUGCAGAUGUUGUGCGGUGGGCGGGUAGCCUACAGGCAGCCAGGGUGACUCGCUGGGGUGGCAUGAUAUCAACACCUGAUGCAGUACUACAAGCAGUCAUAAAACGUGCCCUGAUUGACAGUGGAUGCCCCUCCCAUAUCGUAAAUGAGCUCAUGGAAAAUGCCCACGAACGUCGGUGGCCCAGUGGACUAAGUACAUUAGAAACACGACAGCUCAACAGGAGGCAGUAUGAGAAUUAUGUCACAAAAAGAAUUCCAGGUAAACAAGCUGUGGUGGUGAUGGCUUGUGAGAACCAACACAUGCCUGAGGAUCUCAUCAUGGAACCAGGACUGGUUAUGAUAUUUGCUCACGGAGUGGAAUGAGCUAGUAUUCCUUUGAAAAAUAAAUCUUUCCUUUUGGGGUGGAGCAGUCAAUGUCAUGUGAACUUUUGGCUGCUGUUGUUAUCCAGAAAUAAAAAUUUGGAUAAUAAUUGAUGGAUGUCUACAACAGAAUUUUGGAUUCUUUCAACUUUAAUUUAUUCUGACCAACUGGAGGAUGAAUUCUAUAUCUGAGAACUACUGGAAGUAAAGUGUAUCCUGGAAAGUUUUGUUCAUAGACAAAUCAUUCACAAUCAUAUGAUCAACAUUUUCAGAAGUCUCAAUGCCAUCCAGAAAUAAUCAAUGCCAUUCCAUGGUUCUUAAUUGUGAUGCGAUAUUUCAGUUCAAUCGUAAAUAUUAGUAUUAAAUGUAAUUCUGAUGUUAUUGAAGCGAUAAAUGCAUAAAAAAUGUCUUCAUGGGGUGUGAGUGGUAAGAUAGUGGAUUGUUGUUAUUGUCCAAAAUAGUGUAGCACUUCCGACAGAGAAGUCGUUGAUUUAUUUGUAUUUUGAAAGACUGGUGUGCAUAAAUGCAUUUGGAUUCAUUAAUUUAUGAGUUUGAGCUGCCCUUUAACACCUUUCUAUGACAAUUUAUGAUAUUUGUCCAGCAAUAAAUCAAUUUCUGGUAAUAAGCCCACCCAUAUCUAUUGCAGUUUGGUAAAGCUACUUUAGAAUUGUUGAAAUAUUUCAUUGUCCUGAGUCAAAAUUUAUGUGUUUGGUCAGCUGAGCUUGUUAAAAUUAUUAAUGAGGACUUGCUGUUGUUCACAAUGACCAUGCAGUCCAGAUGUCACACAUUGAGUCGAGGAACAAAGUGGUGCUGAAUCUCACCCUAAACUAUAGAAUGCUUUUAUAGCGAUGAUCGCUUUAUAUCUGUGUGGAGUCGAAGGUAUUUUCCGUUUACGUUGCAGGCAACCUUUUUUUUUUUUUACUCAUUUUAGAUACCACAGUAGGUCAAUUAUUUCAUCAAAUACUUUCAUCAUAUUCUGACAUACAUCAUUUAUUGACAUAUAUUUUUCUAGGUCACCUGUUCAUAGGGAACAAGUGCUCAUAUGAUAUUACAUCCCUCAACAGACACUAUUGGAUUGUAUUAUUUUAAGGAUUUCUGCUAGAAGUUAUGUCCAAAUUCAUUGUAAUUUUUAUAGAGAGGAUUAAUUUAGUAUAGGCUUUAGCCAGUUUCUGAACACCCAUUUAAUUUGUUUGAUAUCUUAGAAAAACUAUUAAGUAAAAACAAAACUUGACUUUUUUCUGUAGGGAAUUCUUGGUUAUAAAGAAGAUAUUUAUUUGAUAGAAUAGACUUGUAUAAGUAUUAAUGUUGUGUAUGUAUAAUAAUUGAAGAAUAAUAUCAUUGUAGUUCUUGAUGAUGUAGAAUCAACUGUAUAAGACUGAUGUACUGGUGGUAGUAGUGCUAUAUAAGUGGCAUAUAACUAUUUGUACUUGCUGUUGAAUUUCUAAAAUUGAAUAAUGUGUCUUGGUAACAUGGGUCAUUCCGUAGAAACAGGAAAAACGUGCUGCAACAUAUAAAUGAAUGUUGUGAUUGAUGAUUUAGUUGUUGAAGUUGACCAGUUGCAAGACGGCAACAUUUUUGUCAUUACAUAUCUUUAACAUAUCGUUGGUAUGUUUUUAAAAUGAGGAAUUGCCAUUAAAUCCUAACUGCUCUUGUUCUUGCACCAUAAAAUGUGGAGAUUUGAACAAAUAUCAGAAUUAAUUUAACAGUGGUAAAAAUGAGUCUGUUACCAUGUAUUGAUACUAAACUGUUGGUAUAUCCUUCAUAUAGAUGACAUGAUUUUUAAAGGCAUUAAAAGGAAAUAAAUCUAUUAUAUUUCAGAUGCUUACAUCCAUAUACUGUUUUAUCCUGCAAUUGGCAUCGGCAUUGUCAGAAUACAUACACCCACCACAUACAUUUUUGCUGUAUUCUGCAGUGAUGGAAAACAGCUGUAUUUUAGAAUAGUCGGUUCGACUGACCUACUUCCAAGUAAAACAAUGUUUAAAAGGCAAAUGUAAUUGAAACAUUGUUGAUACUGUUUCACUUAAAAAAUGCUUAUUUUUGAUGACUGUUGCAGGAUAAAUAGAAUGCAUGGUCAUUGUCUUAAAUAGAAUACAUGGUCAGUGUCUUUAAAUAUAAGCUGUAUUUUUGGCUUGCGACAGAAAGACAAAAUUGGCUUGCCAAUCAAUGCUCACCAUUUUUGUCUUUCUUUACCCUUGCCAAAAUACAUGUAUUGCUUAUAUUUAAGACACUUACCGUGCAUUCUCUCUGUAUGGUACACAGGUGUCCGACUUAUCAGUCAGCUGGAGACAAUGAUACAUACUACAUGUAUAUAAUAACACUAUAAGAACAUUCCUGUAUAUGUUAUUUGUCUUUAGUGUGAAUUAAGAUAUUAACAGAAAUAUAUUUUUUUCUUAAAUACAAGGUUACAUUGUGUAUACAUAAUAAUUUUUGCGCACCGAAAUUUUAGCACAUAGCCCAAUUUUAACAGAUUAGCACAAUAAUGAAUUGAGCACCCAUAUUAUUUGCUAUAGAAAUGGCUUGAACAAAGUGUGAUUAGCGUGGUCAUAAUUUGUUGGAAAGCUUUCCUGCAAAAGUGCUAAAAUAAGAUUUACCUUUUAAAUUAAGUAUGUAUAUAGUAGCAGAUAAUAUAAGAUUGUUAUUACUAUGUCGGAAAGCACAAAUGGUAUAGACACCUUCAAAAUCUUUCAGACAUACAAAUUUUGCUCCAAGCCCUGAUACAAAUUUGAACAUUUGCAAAGGAAAAUACUCUGAGAAAACCUGUGUGGUCAGACAGGUGACCUGUAUGAUUUAAAAAAACCAAGUUGAAUUACUUGUAAUACACUGUCGAUAAGUUAGAGAAAUGGUGCUUGAAAAUUUGUGAUAGUCCGACAUGUAAAAUGUUAACUGCAGCUGAAUCUUUCUAGUACUCUCUGUUUAAAAAAAGUUCAUUUGAUCCACAAAAAAAUAGAUAUAGAUUUCUAAAGUUUUCCUGAAACAAAUAUUUCUGAUAUACUAUCUUCAUUUUCUAUGAAAUUCGACAAGCAAGUGAAGUUGGGAUUUUUUCUUUCUUUACAAUCUACUGUGUUGAAAAGUGUCUUGUCAGUAUUGUGAUGUUCCAGGCACUUGUAUCUUAAAAGGUAUGUAUGCGUUAAGGGGAGGUAAGUGUUCCAGAUAUUAAGGGGAGGUAAUAUAAGAUAAUGUGAUUUUUACUAGCCAAAGGAAUGACGAUCUUUAAAAGAUGUGAUUACUUGUACAUAGAAUAUAGAUAUAUAUAUAUAUAAAUAAUUGCUACUUUUAAAAAGUAAUAUAUGUAAAUCUGUACCCACCAUAUGUAAUGUUCCUGUGUUGGUAAUGUAUAUAAUAGUAGACGUUUAUUAUACAGUGUUACAUUGUUUGUGAUAAUGAUAUAGAAAAAAUUAAGGAUUUUUUUUUGUUCAAGACACAUUAACUUCAUUUCAAAGGAAAAAAAUUCAGAAUUUGAACAGUGUCCAGUUUUCGAAGUUAGAUUAAACACUUUUGAUUUAUAAAUACAUUUUUUCUCAUUUAACAUAUUUGAUGUGUAAUUAGAAUAUCCUUUUCAUACAUAUUUUAUUUUGUCUUAAUAUCUAACCAGCUCAUUGUCACAUUAAUGAUAAAACAAGUAAUAUAGUUGUUAAACAUAUGCAUGAAAGAUCUGAUAAAUAUAUAGCAUGGCUCAAUUCUUUCUUUCAAAGCAUUUUAUUAUCAAACUCCUUACAGAAAUGAAUCACCUCUGGCAUAUGAAUGCAGCAAUGUAGCUGUUACAUUGCUACACAUUUAAAUUUUCUGUAAGGAGUCAUAACGUUUUUUUUACAACAAUACAUGUUGUACCAGAUCUGACUGUGUCAAAAUAUGUUGUAUCAACAUUACUGUGAUUUCCAUUAUCACUGUGUAUCAUUUAUUGACAUUUUAACAAUCGGGAUGGAGAAUAUCAUGCUUUAAACAAAUUAAUUUGGUAGCGAUGGUAAUUAUGUAGGUUAUACUGUUCAACACAUUCAUGUGUAAAAGGGUUACAAUCGCUUUGAAUUAAUCAUGAAUAUUCUGUCCAGGUUCCUCAACUAGAGUUCAGUACCAUGUAAAUGUAUUGUGUAUAACCAUGACAUUUUUUUGUAAUUUUAUAUUGUAUUAAGUGCAUUGACCAGGGGCUAAUUCUUGGGUAUGAAUGUUAUUGGGCACUUUCAGAGUUUUGAAAGUUGUUGUUAGGAUAUUCUUAUAAAAUUAAUUAUAUAUGUACACUAAUUCUGAUUUUUUCCAUGAGAUUUUUAAAAAACCUGGUGGGUAAAAUACCCCAAAAUAUGUGAAAUUGACGAGAAAGUACACUUUGAUUGGAACUAUGGAACAUUUUUAGCUCGCCGGUUACGAGUAACCGUGAGCUAAUGCUGUCACCCCGGCGUCGACGUCCCACCCCCACUUUAAAGUUUUUUGGAUCAAUUUUUGGAAAGCUUCUUAGUCCAAAAGUAUACACUUCAAACACAUCUAAUUUGGUUUAUACAUUCAUUAGAGGUCUAGGAGUGAUGUUAUGGCAAAAUCAUGAAGAAACAAUUCGUGAUUUUUUGGCAUUUUAUCAUUUUGUGGACUUAACUUUUUUAGCACCAAAAUCCACUUUAAAGUUUUUGGGAUCAGUUUUUGGAAAGCUUCUAAGUCCAAAAGUAUACACCUCACACACAUCUAAUUUGUUUUAUACAUUCAUUAGAGGUCUUGGAGUGAUGUUAUGGCAAAAUCAUGCAGAAAAAAAUUGUGACUUGUUUUGGUAUUUUGAUGAGUGGACUUAAUUAUUUUUGCACAAAAACCCUCUUUAAAGAUUUUUGGGGUAAGUUUUGGAAAGCUUGUAAGUCCACACCCUUCUUAUUUUGUUUAUACAUCCAUUAGAGGUCUAGGAGUGAUAUUAUAUGACAUACAAUUUCAAAAUGACAUGCUUAUACAUACAUAAAAAAAUAAUGCAUAGUGUGAUUGCUGCCGCCAGUGAGCUUUCGCAAUCAUUGAUUGCACUUGUUAUUGCAUUCUGAUGACUUUUAUUAUGAAUCAUGGUCUAGGGAAUGCUUGGGUUAAUGAAGUAAAAAUUACCAUUAUAUAAAUGCAAACACAAGCUUGUGGUGCUUCGCUACAUUAAAAUGCUGUUGGAAAUUGGGUAAUAUUUUGAAACAAAUAAGAAUAAACACACACACACAAAAGGAAGCUGAUUACUCCUGACAUCUUUGAUAUUUUUUGGGUUCAUCUGAACUUGUUGUGUGGAAAUCAGUAGAUAAAUGGUCAUAAGUUACAAAACAAUGAUGCUAAUUUACAUGAUAGAAUCACUUUCUCUUUUGAUUUCUAUUUCGGUUUUUCAAAAAAAUUGUCAUGCAUAUUUAGUAAGGAAUUGCUUUGGAUGUAUUAAAAAUGAUAAUAUUUUAAUUAGAUAUUUCUAUAGUGUUUUGGGCAAAAAAUUCAUUUUUUUAUUUCAAGAAAUAUGUUGUAACCAUUAAACAAAAUGGUUCCUACAUUAUUUUAUGUUGAAUAAUAUUUUUUUUGUAAAGGAGGGAAAAUAUACAGAGAAUUGGCUUAAUGGUCACUAGUCAACAACUGGAAAAUGUGUAUAGUAUGUAAUUGAUAGGUCAGACAGUGUAUUGAUCAUGUAAUUAAAAAAAUACCACUUAGAGUCAAUAAUUUGUAUCAGAUAUAUAGGGAGGUUGGGGGGGGGGGGGGGGUUUGGAAUGGACACAAUUUUACCUGUAAAUUAAGUCUGUUCAAGGCUUGCAUGAGAAUUGUUGACAAAACAAGAGUUAUUUCCCCUUGGCUUCAUUUUUUCAUUAGCCAUAUUUGAGGGCAUAUUGCAUAGAAAAAGAAUAUAAAUAUACUUGUAAAGUGUGAUUGUGUAAGGUUACUUUAUAGCUUCAAGGUAGAUGAUGCCUGUAGUAUGUCUGUUCAGUCUUGUGUUGGAUAUAUAUGUUGAUGUGUAUUAAGUUUGUAUAUUAAGUGCUCCUGGUUACGUGUUGAGACAUUGUGAUAAAGUGUUUGUAAUGGAAAAAAACUAUUAUAACCUAUGAUAAUUAAUGGAUUAUGAUUAUUUUUGUAAACUUUUUUUCCUGAAAUUAAAAAAAGGAUACGAUAAUUAUCAUUUA